GAUCGUGACAUCAUUGCCAAAUACAAUACAUCAUCCAGAACGCCUGAAAGACCAAUUUUUUAAAAAUUGGCUCCCAAAUCAUCGACGACAACAUCACCGAUCAAGACAUAGACCCAUCUGCUGUUGUCGAGAAAAAGUAUCCGAGAUUCGAAAUGAAGACACCCAAAGCAAGCCUCCUUGCCGUCUUGGCUGUUGUGCCAUCAGUAACCACUGCUUUUCAGCAACCUGUCGCUCAUCGCUACAAUGCUGUGGUACGUAAAGCGAAGUUUUGCAGCUGGGGGAGCAGUAAGCAAUUAUUGAUUUUUCCAGCUAGCGGACACGGCAUGGCAUCAGACAUGAUCUCGAUAAGGAACUCGAUUUUGAUAUAAGAUUACACACCAAGUGUCGGAUCUAUAUUUUGAACGCAGGACGAAAGAGGCUCAUGGGUGCAUUCCCGACCAUUGCGUUGCUUGAAUGUGAUGUUAGUUUAACAAGAACGAAUGCGUGAUUCCAACCACUUCGUUUCCCCUUUUUUCUUUUUCCCUUCAUUCAUGUCCAGAAGGUAGCACCAUUCACGAAGAGUGCCGUGUCGAGCAUCUCUUCCCCUAUGCGGCCUUCUUCAACUAGCCUUGUCAUGGCGGUAAGUUACUUUUUCUGAUCCAAGAAAAGAUGACGUGUACUCCAUCGAUAUCAGUCGAAAUGUAGAAGCUAUGAAAAUGAUGCAUCAUGAAUUUCGGAUCAAUCUCUGCAAUUUUUUGUUCGUUCUUGASAAUUCUAUCGAUAAGUUGUCCGUCGCAGUCCUUUCUUUGCUAAUACAUUAUCACUAUUGUUAUUUGUUGACAGGUCGAGGCAGCUAGUGAAGAUGCCGGUGCUGGCGGAGAAAAGAGUUUGGGGAAAAAGAUUUUUGAUACCUAUGUUCGGGUUGCUGAUGUUGCCACCACUCUGUUUCCUCUCUGGACUGUUCUUUUCUCUGUUGCCGCCAUUAAGACGCCCCAAUCAUUCGCUUGGUUCACGACCGAAUAUUUUACUGCUGCAUUAGCCGCUCUGAUGCUUUCAAUGGGUAUCACCUUGACCCCUCAAGACUUUCUUGAUGUCAUGAAGGAACCAAUUUCCGUCGCGAUGCAGUUUUCUCUGUGCUAUGCAAUGAUGCCAGCUCUAGCUUUGGGAUUGGGAAAAGCUUUCGCAUUGGACCCUGCCAUGUUAGCGGGUAUGGUUUUGGUCGGUAGUAUCAACGGAGGGCAAGCUUCAAAUCUCUGCACAUACAUUGCUCGUGGUAAUGUUGCUCUCUCUGUCCUCAUGACAACCGCCACAACCUUGGGUGCCAUUUUCAUGACUCCUCUCAUUUGCAAGGCUGUUCUGGGUACCGUCGUCCCUGUCGAUGCAGUUGGAAUCGCAAUGUCUACUAUCCAGGUUGUUUUGGCACCCAUUGCCAUUGGUAUGACCACCAACAAAUUCUUCCCUAAUUUCGUGAAGMAAAUCUUGCCGAUCACCCCUGUCGUUGGAGUUUUGUCAACGUGUCUAUUGGUGGCUAGUGCAGUCGCUCAAGUCUCGGAACCUAUUAUGAAUGCUGGAUUGCAAUUGCAGGUAAGUGGCUAAUGUCUCGCUGUUCUGACAUUUCUAUUUAAUAGUAUCGCGUCUUAACUUUAAUUUUUGCAUCUUUCUCUGCAGACGCCUGUCUUUCUCUUGCACUUGUUAGGUGGACUUGUUGGGUACUUCUUGCCGAAACUAACUGGAUUCUCUGAGGUCAAAUCCCGUACCAUGGCCAUCGAAACUUCAAUGAAGUCUUCUGCCUUCGGGUUUUUGUUGGCGAAACUUCACUUCGGUCAAUACGCAGCUCGUGUGCCCAGUGCCGUCAGUGUCGUAUGGAUGGCCUUGACAGGUAGUUUGCUUGCUGUCGUUUGGAGAUACAUUCCUGUCGGCGAUGAGGAAUAAAUCUGCAAGCAACGCAAUUAGCGGUUUCAACCUGCCCGGGAGCAAUUUACCAUCAGUUUUUGAAUUCUUAAAAUAGAUUAAUCUUGGUUAU